AUGGCUGGAGAAGUGAAAAGUCGGAAGACGCGACGGAAAGAUGAUGGCGAGUCCGAGUCUCUGAGAAGAUCACACAACAGCAAAAGACCCCUCAAGGAUGGCGGCAGCGGCGGUGCGACGACGAGAUCGAGGACGUCAUCUUCUACUACCACUACCGAGAAGCAACGCCCCCCAGCCGACCUGGAUGCGCUCCGAGAGGCACGUCUCACGUACCUGGCGGCGGCGGCCAACAACACCAACAAGUCAAAGUCAAAGUCACCCGAAAACAAGGACAAGGACAAUGACAAACGGCCAGAAGAGAAGAUGAAGUACGAAUACGUCAAACGGACGCGAACGCUCGCCACCGAGGACAAGGAAAAAGAAAAGAGACGUCGCAGCAGGACGGGAUCAGUAUCAGUAUCGAACCACCACCACAACCACAACCACAACCACAGCCAUAACUACAGAUCUGAUACAAAGAAGUCUCCUCAAAAAUCGUCCAUGGCAUUGGAUAGCAAGAGCAAGCGUCGCGCGCAGGCGCAGGACAAGGACAGCGAGGACGAAUAUGUAUAUCGCAAAGAGGAGCGGGAAUCUAUACGCAAUAGGACCCGAACAACCGUACCAACGUCCAAGCAUAAGAGUAAACCCCUACGUGUGGAUAUGGAUACAAUCGCAGACCAUCAUGGAGAGACAAGACGACGGGCCCCUGAGCGCAGGCAUACUGAACCGGUUACUACUGGUAGUAAGCGACGGUCACGUCACGGAGAACAACAAGAAGAAGGAGAAGAAGAGCCGUCGAAGACUACACAUGAAACAGAAGCGAUGUAUUGCCAGAGCAAUGGGCCUGCUGGAAAAGCACAGCGACCACGACCACCUACGAUCAAAAGAAGUGCGACGACAACAACACCAAUAGCGAAGAAGACGAAGCCCAAAACUGAAGCUGGAACUGGUGCUGGCAAUCCCAGUCCUCGAAAACCACCCAGUCUAUUCAGCGCCCUUCUCCUCCCCAAACCACCCACUGCACCAAAACUAGUCUCAUGCCUAACCUGCGGCUCCGACGACAUCCCCAGCUCUGAAUCCGCCAAACUACCAUGCACCCACCGAAUGUGCCACUCAUGCCUCAAACGCAUCUUCAGCAUGUCCAUCAAAGACCCAGCGCACAUGCCACCUCGAUGCUGCACCGACCAACACAUCGACCUACGUCACGUCGACAAACUAUUCGACCAGAAAUUCAAAGUCCUCUGGAACCGCAAGUUUGAGGAAUACAAGACCAAAAACCGGAUCUAUUGUCCCGCGCGCCGAUGCGGUGCCUGGAUCAAACCGCAUUACAUUACCGUCGAACACGGGCGCAAAGUCGGCCGAUGCAAGCAAUGCAAGACGCGCGUCUGUGGGAUUUGUUCGCAGAAAAUGCACACCAGCCGCGAUUGCCCGAAAGAUCCGGCCACAAAGGCCUUUGUUGAGGUUGCAGAGAAGGAAGGCUGGCAGAGAUGUUAUAAUUGCUCGGCGAUGGUCGAGCUCAAGGAAGGUUGUAACCAUAUGACUUGUCGCUGUAUGGCUGAGUUUUGCAUGUUGUGUGGGUUGAAGUGGAAAUCUUGUGAUUGUCCUUGGUUCAAUUACCAUGCUGUUGAUAUGCGUUUGGGAGAGGGGGAUGAAGAGGGAGAUCCGAUACGGUAUCAGCAGGAAAUGGAUCGGAGAAGAGAUCAGAUUCGGAGAGAUGAAGAGUUGGCUAGACGGAUGCAGCAGUUAGGUAUUGGUAUCUUCAACGGUGUUGGUGUUAACAAUAACCGGCAAGCCGACGGUGAGGGCGAGGACGCUGGUGCUGGGAAUGGGAACCAGAACUUCAUCCAGCAGGCUCGCGAGGCGCUGACGGCAAAUUACGCCCAGGCGGGGCAGGCGGCUCGAGAUCUGUUGAAUGGGUUUGUCAUGGGCCGCGAAAAUCGGAUGCCGGGUAUGCCGGUGCAGAUGGAACAGAUGUUGGAGUUGCUUGGUGGUGGCGGUGGUGGCCAACAACCUCGAGCGCGACCCCAACCGCAGGAUCCAGCCGAGCAAGAAGGUCAAGACGAUACACAAACAUACGACAGACCUGAAGAAGUAAUACGGCAUCGUCGUGGUGAUGGGAGACCUCGAAGGAUCUCCGUCCGACGCAGGACCGCCGUCCCCGACGGAGCUGGAGGUCAUCGAAUUGCUAGAGAUCAUGAUCAUGUUGUCGAGGACCAGAACGGAAGACGGAUUCAGGACUGGGCUAACAGUGUACCUGUGCCUUCUUAA